GAAUGAAACGUCAAUUAUCUGUCAAACGCGCGCGUCACCUCUACGUCACUUCGCUCGCUCGCGUCGACUUGGAAUAGAUGACCUCACGAUGCUCGGCUCCCAUGGGCGUUCCUCGGAGAUGACCACCGCAUAGGUGAUAAAAAGCGUGACUGAAGUUGUUUACUGCAUUAUUCAGGAUACGCGACCAUAACCUACGCGACCCUUGUCGAAUUGGUGCAGCUCAGGCACGCGCUAUGACGUGCGAGCUCAACCUAACCUAACCUGACCUAACUUAACCUUCUUCGUUGGGGGAUGCCAAUCUGUCACAUCACGGUGCUUGCAAACUGCGAAGUGCAUGCGAUGGAACGCGAUGAUACGAGGCGCAUGAGUGGAGAAAUGGAUUUCCUGGUUUUUCCCUGAAAAAAAAACAGGGGACGUAGAGCUGCACAAAUGAAGCCAUCGUCGUGAUAAGACCCGGAUUCUCGGGUCAUAAAUUGUAAUUGAUAUACGGUAAUUGCGAGGACAAAUUCGCGGAACAUGGCGACCACCAAAAGCCACCCGGGCGGCCGAUCGUCGAGCUGUCUACGCAAGUAUCGGCUGCUCUUCGUCUUCGGCAUUACCGUAUUAUGCGUCCAGAUCUACCUGCACACGUUUUUCGGUCUGGACAGUGGUAGAAAUAAGUCCAACCGGCUGUCAUCCGGAGAGGGUGGCUCUUCUCAACCUGAAGAAGAUGAAGGCUUGCCGAAAGGCUUACGUCAACUAAAACUUCCACCGGACAAGCAAACAAAUUUGAACAAGCAAGCACUGCAAUCUCAAUUAAGAAAUCGCACUGCCCGAAUUAAGUUAGAUCGUAAAUCGUUAAAUUUCACACCUAUGUGCGAGGUUACGAUCAGAGAAGCAGUGAGUGCCAUAACACGUGCUCAGAAUCAAGCAUGCAAGCAACGCAUUGUCAAUGUGACGUGCCUUAGCCAGCAGGGUUUAUUGUACCCGGAAAGAAUACAAUCUUCAUGUCCUCAUUCUCCAGGUUUUACAGGCAUGCCGAUCAACUUGGGCUGCUAUAAAGAUGAUAAGACAUUGAGAGUGCUUUCUGGUUAUUAUCACAUCUUCAAAGGGAACAAUACGCCGGAGCGUUGCGCUUAUAUGUGUCUUCAAUCUGGAUUUCCAUACGCUGGUACAGAAUACUCAAUGGAGUGUUUUUGUGGAAUGGAAGAGCCAUUGCAGACGAAACGGUUACCAGAUUCUAGCUGCAAUAUGAAAUGUUCCGGUAAUCCGAGACAAACAUGUGGUGGCUAUUUAACUAUUAAUGUAUAUUGGACUGGAAUUCGAAAAUUUAAACCUCAAGAGGCAAGAAACUCGAGUUUAAGAAAUGAACCUGAGCAACCUGUGCGAAUAGCCUAUCUUCUGACAGUGAAUGGCAGGGCGAGUAGGCAAGUGAGACGACUCAUUAGUAUUUUGUAUCAUCCUUCGCAUUUAUUCUAUAUUCAUGUUGAUGCAAGACAAGAUUAUUUAUAUCGAGAAAUGUUAGAGUUAGAAAGAUCAUGUAAAUUAAAUAAUAUCAAAGUAGCGAGAGGGGAGGGUUUGCGACACGCAAGCAUUUGGGGUGGUGCAAGUCUUUUGACUACAUUUUUGAAGUCUGCGCAACAAAUGCUCGCACAUCAUCAACAUUGGGAUUUUCUUGUAAAUCUUUCGGAAUCUGACUUUCCUCUGAAAAAUAACAGUCAACUGACCGAAUUUCUAAGUUGGAAUAGGGAUAUGAACUUUGCAAAAUCACAUGGAAGAGAAGUUCAACGUUUUAUAGCGAAACAAGGUCUGGACAAGACCUUCGUUGAAUGUGAAGCGCGCAUGUGGCGAGUCGGCGAUCGAAAAUUACCAGAUGGUAUUCAAAUUGAUGGUGGUAGCGAUUGGUUCGCUUUAAGUCGCGACUUUGUCGAGUACGUCGCAAGUCCGAAUCCUGAUCCUUUGGUAAACGAGCUGCUGAAACUGUUCAAGUACACCCUGCUGCCAGCCGAAUCGUUCUUACAUACCGUCUUGAGAAAUUCGCGAUUUUGCAACACUUAUAUAGACAAUAAUCUGCACAUGACUAAUUGGAAGAGGAAGUUGGGUUGCAAGUGCCAGUAUAAGGCAGUGGUGGAUUGGUGUGGAUGCAGUCCAAACGAUUUUAAACUCGAGGAUUUCAAUCGAUUACAAAACACGGAGAAUCGUAAUAUAUUCUUCGCCCGUAAAUUCGAACCCGUCAUCGAUUAUAAAAUUAUCGACCGCGUGGCAGAAUGGUUGUAUCCCGACAGAAUAAAUAAAACUGUCAGGGGUUACGACACGUACUGGCAAAGUCUCUAUCAUCACGCGGAUCUGAGUCCACUACCAGAUGAUGCAUUACUAACACUUUCGUAUUCCUUGGCAAGGCUGACCUAUCGUAAAUUAAAAAUGGAUAGUAAAAACGUCCACUUGUUGGAAAACACUGCGUACUUUCGCGAGAAUCGAUUCAUCGGUGUAUUAAUUCUUGCGGAAUACAAAGAUGAAUCUCUCGACAUAUCUGCGAUAUCUAAUAAUCGCGCGACACGCGUGGAAGCUCUGAUUUCUAUGCAUUAUAACUUUUCUGCUAGUAAACUAAGAUCAGGAUGGUCGAGGAAGAUACGAAGUCUCUCCGUUGGUACCGAUUACGAUCAAAAGGAACAAAAGUUUAGAAAUUUGAUGGGCAGCAUAGGACCAUAUUCGAGUCCGGUUUUAGCUUAUGAAUUUGAUGCAAGUGUUGCAGUACCACAAAAUAUAUCAGUUUUAUGGAUUGAUCCAUAUGGUCGCCUCGUUGAUGUGAAUCAUAUUUUGGUCGAAGAGAUGACUUUGGUAGGACACAUUAAACCACAAUUGAACGAGCAAUUAACCAUUGGUACUUGGAGACUAUUGUUAAUUGUCGAUACUCAAUUGAUCACAAAAUUGAAAUUUUUGGUAAUUCCAUUGUCCUAUUGGAAGGCCAAGAAAAUAGACUCGGAGAAACUCAAGGAAAUAAUAGAUGGUCGGAGCACCAUUUAUCACAUUACAGAGGAAAUGAACAAAAAUUGGUCCAAAUUAAUGAAAUCUGCGAUAACAAAUGAGCAGAUCAUUACGCACAGUCAAAAUAGGAUCGGUGAAGACCUCAACGAUUGGAUAGAUAGAUUGGUGCAUGAGCAUUAUAAAAUUGACGAAAUAUGUGAGGCCGGCGAGGUUGAGACCGAAUUGAAGCUACAAAGGUGUGUCGAUACCCAUUGGAGCUCUUUGAGCCCCGAUUUAAAGGCUGAUACUCGUAACCUAUGUCAAAACUACUGAUUAAUUAUUCAACUACGUGCCAUUUUUGCCGUUUUGAAACUAUUAUAUGUGUGUAUAUAAAGAUUAUAAAAUGUCUUUAGAUAUUUUUA